GCCUGAGAUUGGUCAUAGUGGAUAGUCAGAUUUCACCUAUCAGUAACUCCUUUACAUUUGUUUUGCUCAGGUCUAUCUUUUUUAACUUCCCAAUCGAUGGAUUUCUCCUGAACGUGUAUCCAUUUUGGUUAAUCAUCAUGCAAAUUAUUAGACAGGUUGCUAUGAAAACUGUAUUUUUGAGCACCUUACACCUGUAUUACCGAUUCCGACCGACUCGGAUCUUUUAUCAUCCAAGUGUGUGUGUGUGUGUGUUUUUUUUAAAUUAUUUAUAUCAUUUUACUUUAUCCAAUUUAACACGUUUAACAAAACAUUUCGGAAAUCGUCGUACAGUAAUAUACAAUACUGAUAGAGUGAAAUACAUUUUUUUUUCGCGCGAGAGGUGUUUGUGACCUAACUCAGCUCCCAAGCUUUGCUUGGUGCUCCCAGUCCCUCUCACGUCCCAGUAGCUCAGUCCAUUUUAUGUAUUUCGGUGGAGUCGUCGCAGUAAGAAAGAAAAAGAGGUUUUGAAUUUCCCGGCCGCAACGCAGGGAAUGACGGCUUGAGACUAGUGACCUGCUGCCGAGCGUUUCGGGAUAGUCUAAUAGAGGGGGGGAGGUAAUUUCGUGAAAAAUGACGUUUGCAUUUAUUAUUUUUUGGUGAAAUUAAUCAGUUUUGGGGUUUAUAAUGGCAAAGAUUGGGAAAACUAAAAAACGGGAAGGUGUCUUGACUUGAGCUGUCUUGUGCGACCCGAGCGCCAUCUCGGGGGGAUCUCGCUGAACCUGCCACUGCAAAUACCCCAUGGUGCCGGCAAGACAGGGGAGACGAGACGCUUCUUGCUGAGGCCUCUACUAGAGCGUGUGAACUAGAUCUGGAUAAUUUGUCAUUGCUGAUUGUGAUUUGAACUCGAAUUGGAGACGAUGAGCUUCCUGGUGCCGCCCCCUCCCAAGCGGUACAAGCUACGCAGCCGGUCAGCCUCGCAGCAACAGCAGCAGGGAAGUGACCAGCCGGGCGGCAGCGGCACAUUUGUGGCUGGUGGUCCACCAACCAGCUCCACCCGUGGGAGAGGAAGAGGAGGACGCAAAUUCGCCUUUGUUCCGAAGGUCACUUGCAAACUUUGCCAGGAGGUGGUUGACAAGGAUCAGAGCAAGGACCAUCCAUGGCUGUAUGGGCGAAUUUGUCCAAGCUGCUAUUUGAAAUGUAAAGAAUUGUUGACAAUUUGGGCAGCUGGAGGAUCUAUCAAGUGUGUCAAUUGUGCUGCUGCUAAUGGUAUAACUAUCCUAAAAGAGAGCUUGAUCUGCUUCAAUUGUGUCCCAGAGGAUGAAAAGGCACAUUUGCCAAGACUAAGACAUGAUUUUAGAGAGAAGUUUCAGAAUUUCCAACUUGAGAAUGGUUUUCAAUUAGAAGACAAAAAGCCACUAAGGGUUCUUUCCCUAUUUGAUGGUAUUGGAACAGGACUUCUUGUGCUGGAUAAUCUUGGAUUGGAGGUAGAAGAAUAUUUCUCAUGUGAAAUUGAUGAGGAUGCUUUGUCGGUUUUGGACUACCGUUUUUAUGGAAGGAUGACCCAUUUGAGUACUGUGACCAAUUUGACCCCCCACAAAUUAGACUCUCUUGGUCGAAUUGAUCUUUUGAUCGGUGGAUCCCCUUGUAAUCAGUUGAGUUUAGCUAAUCCUAGGCGGAAGGGCUUAUAUGAUGUAGAGGACACUGGUGUCCUGUUUUUUGAUUUUAACAGAAUUCUAAAAUAUCUACAAGCAUCAGCUCUCCGCUCCGGAAGACCUCUCUAUUGGCUGUUUGAAAAUGUGGCAUCAAUGCCUCAUGACUUCAGGGACACCAUUUCAAAAACUUUGCAAUGCAGACCUGCCAAAUGGGAUGCCAGUCAGUAUCUCCCUGCCAAGAGGGCACGGCUCUUCUGGGGAAACAUACCCAAUCUUCAUGGAGACCAGAAAACAGAGCAGCCGCCACCAUACCUGGAUAAAAUUCUGGAGCCCUAUCGGAAAGCCCAAGUUGUCAGUUUGCCCACAAUCACAACCACAUAUCACUCACAGUGCGGGAGAGGUGUGCUGCUUCCUGUGAUACAAGAUGGACAUGAAACCGGCUUACUUAUCACAGAAAGAGAGCGGUUAUUUGGGUUUCCCACUCACUUUACUGAUGGGCCAAACCUCUCAAUCCGUAAGAGGGAAUGCUUGCUUGGAAAAGCAUGGAGUGUGCCAGUUGUCGAAAAGAUAUUGUCACCCCUUAAAAGCAUAUUCAAAUUGAAGGAAUCAGAUGGAAGGCUCUGAAAAAAAAGUAAUAUUUUCUUCUGAUUCAUGAAGCGAUAUUUCUGAAUUGUUCCCAUUGUUUGUGUGAGAGCAGUACAAUAAAAUGUUUGAGUCA